AUGACUGAGGACCAGACCCUCGACCGCCUCUCCUCUGACCCGAUGGCACCAGUACCCUCUAAAGAUGUUGACAAUCCAUCCAGACGUGGCGACCUGCAGAUUUUGGGGUUUUGUCUCCUUCACUGGUUGUGUGGUUCUCUGCCCUGGGAUAAAGUUCUCAAGUACCCAGCUCACGUCCAGGAGGCUAAGACCAAACUGAUGGAUAAUCUGCCAGACUCAGUGAAGCAGCUGUCAGUGAGCAGAGAGAGCAGCACAGAUGAAGUGGCUGCUUUCCUCCUGUACGUGAAAACUCUGAACUACCAGGAGAAACCAAACUACCAGCACCUCAAAGACCUGCUGUCCAGAGCUGUGAGGGGACGACUGGACUUCUCCAGGCCUGAGGGACCUGCAGCUGUGUCCUCCACCAGAGGACAAGAUCCUGGCACCAGGGAGAAGCAGAAUGUAGGACGUGCCGGACGAGCCAGAGGAGCCAAAGCUCCGGUGAGAGAUGAAGAACAAGACGACGGUAUGAGGUCCAAACCAGUGCUGGCUCAGUACCGAAGAGGACCGCCGUCACAGAAGGAAGAGGUUUUGCAUGAAGUCGGACGAUCACUGAGGCCGAGGCGUGGACCUGUGACGUAUGUAGAUGACAGUGAUGAGGAGCAGGAGGAGGAGGAGGAUGAUGAAGAAGAUGAGGCCAGACCCAGAGCCAUCGCUGCAUGUUAUCUCAGAGGUCCUCCCAUUGGCCCCAGAUCACAGUCAAAACAGGACACGGAAAACAAAGUUAUCUUCAGGAAAUGGGACGAGGACGAGAGAGUCCGACCACAGAGGACACAAUACUCGCAUCUGGACUGUGAGUGCAGCGAUUGGAGGUCACAGGGUCACCACGGGAGACACGCCCCCGGCGCUGUAGGUGCACAAUCCCACACCGGUCGCACAUGGACAAACAGACACUUCCACUGGCUGGUUUUUGUGGGCGCCUCGCUUUUCUUCGGGGGUUUGUUUGUCGGGAGGUUGUCACAGACGUUCUACUGACGUCGUCUCUCCUCAGGACAUUUUCACAGUGAUGGGCUGAAAAACAUAAGCAGGAGACUCCGUUUACAUGUUGAAAGUCCAAUUUUAGUCAGAAAUACGGACCUGGAUAAUGUGAUUCAUGGUCCGUUUACUCCAAGUCUAUAAUUCACGCAAGGAAUCAUGGGAUACUGAUUGUUUUUGUACAAACUACUCCCCAUUAUGAUUAAUUUAUAGAGUCAGACUUUCAUGUUUACUGGUCAACCACAUUACGUGGAUGUUGUAUUUAUCUCUCUUUAACGAUGGUGAGUGUAGGACUGAUGUAAAAUUAUUGACAAACCUAGUGGUUAUGAUUCACAUUACAUUUAUCUUUUUUUUCUGCGUCCUGGUCUCAGGGAAAUAAAAUUGAUAUCUUGCCAUUACACUGAGCAGUGACGAUUAUGGGAUUAGUGUUAUAUUUCAUGAAAGAAAGUCAUUUUCUAGAAUGUGAAGAGAACUAAAGAAUAAACUAAAAAAUCUAUGAUGA